AAAGUCAUAUGCUAUGCACCUAAUUUUAAGGGCUAUAUAUAUUCAGUUAGUUUACAAGUUUUAAUAUCAAAGUUACAACAUUAAUUCACCAUAAAACAUGUCGAAUAGUACUACAAGUUUCCUUUAUUUUCGUUACAAUAAUUUUAGAACAUCGUUGUCGAAAUCUAGGCGAUCAUUUAACCUGUCGAAGUUAAAGCAAACGCCAAGCCCGACGUCCUUGGCUCAUUUCCAUCCAAAAUUGGAGGAAAUGAAAAAGGUAUUUGACAAAUUUGACACUAACAAGGAUGGAAAAAUCACGAAAGAAGAAUACAAAUCGGCGAUGAAGAUGAUGGGCAGUGGGGGGGGAAAUAGGAAAUCUUAUGAAGUUGGUGAUGCAUUUCAGGCUGCAGAUACUAAUGGGGAUGGAUUCAUUAGCUUUGAGGAGUUCAUGAGAGCGCAGAAUCUUGAAGGUGGUGUGAAUUUGACCGACAUUAAAAGUGCUUUCAUGGCGUUUGAUUUGGAUGGUGAUGGCAAAAUUAGCGCGGAGGAAUUGUUGCAUGUUCAACAAAUGCUGGGAGAAAAAUGUAGCUUGGAGAGUUGCAAGAAAAUGGUCAGAGGUGUUGAUGCUAAUGGGGAUGGACUUAUAGACAUGGACGAAUUUGUGACCAUGAUGACGCGCACCAUGAAGCUCGUCUGAGAGUCCAAGUAUACGAACCCAUGGGAGGACAAUCCUUUCACUGGUAGUUGGGUAAUUCCAUCCAAGAAACAAUGUAGUAAUGUCAUAAAAUAGCUUCCAAAAACUUAUAUAUACAGAGUCUCGACCUGUUUUCUUUCCUCUUCAGAACAUGUUUAGAAUCGACAUCAAUCAAUUUAUAUUGAAAAAGGCCCAACCAAUCUGCACAUCUGGGAAUGCUGAUGAACCAACCAGUAAACGUGAUUCCUAAGGGACGGUUGUGUAAAUUGAUUUACCUUCUUUCCUAUUGCUUUUUUUGAAGCAAAAGUAUCCUGUUUCUGUAUUCGAGUUUGUUAUGCUAAAUUGAAUUUUGAAAUGGACUCCGGAAAAAGAUAAAAGAGUUACAAUUCUAGCACUACA